AGCUGCCUCAAUACAAAAACACAGAACUGCUGUUAGUGUUAGCCCGUCUAGUGGACUCUUCACAUGCCAUCACAGUGACAACAGAAGCCCUCUGACUCUCCCAGGACACCGGCUUGCCUCCCUGUGGGAUAAUGGGCCAGCGGAGUGCUGCCUCCACAUCUCCGUUUGGUGACCCAAGAAAGUUUGACCCAAAGUUUAAAGGACCCAUUGGGAAAAGGCACUGUACGGACAUCUUGUGUUGCAUCAUCUUUGUGGUGGUGAUCCUUGGAUACAUUGCACUAGGUGUCGUAGCGUGGAUUCAUGGUGAUCCCAGGAAGAUUAUCUACCCAACUGACAGCUAUGGGCAGUUUUGUGGCCAAAAGGGUACACCUAAUGAGAACAAGACAAUUUUGAUGUAUUUUAACAUUCUCCGAUGUGCAAGUCCAGUCGUGCUUAUAAACCUGCAGUGCCCUACAACACAACUCUGUGUCUCAAAGUGCCCAGACAGAUUUGCUACCUAUCUUGACAUGCAAGCCAACAGAUUCAAUAACAGCUAUUUGGAAUACUACAAGCAAUUCUGCAAACCUGGUUUUGACAAGCCUCAAAAGUCUAUUGCAGAAGUGUUACGGGAUGAAGAUUGUCCCUCUAUGAUAAUUCCAAGCAGACCAUUUCUUCAGAGGUGCUUCCCAGAUUUUUCCACUAGAAAUGGUGUGCUGACAGUUGCAAACAAAACAGAAUUUAAAGAUGGGAUAGGACAAAUGAGAAGUGCAACAGAUCUACGAGCAGCUGCCAAUGGUAUUAAUAAUGUACUUGAUGCAAGAUCAGUUGGAAUGAAGAUUUUUGAGGACUAUGCUAGUUCCUGGUACUGGAUCUUGAUAGCUCUUUUUAUUGCAAUGGUUGUGAGCCUACUGUUCCUUAUACUUCUGAGGUUUACUGCUGGGGUAUUUUUUUGGAUUUUUAUAAUUGGUGUUAUUGGAGUUGUUGGAUAUGGCAUCUGGCACUGCUUUUGGGAAUAUGACAGCUUGAAAGGCGUUCCUGGAGCUGAUUUAACAAUAUAUGACAUUGGUUUACAGACAGAUUUUAGGGUUUACUUGCAACUGAGACAAACGUGGUUAGCAUUCAUGAUAAUACUCUGUAUAGUUGAAGUUGUCAUCAUACUGAUGUUGAUCUUCCUGCGAAACAGAAUCCGAAUAGCAAUUGCCCUUUUGCAAGAAGGUAGCAGGGCAAUUGGAUAUAUCAUGUCAUCACUGUUCUAUCCGAUCAUUACCUUCAUUCUAAUAGCAAUUUGUAUUUCCUACUGGGCUGUAACUGCAGUAUUCAUGGCUACCUCAGGUGAACCUGUAUAUAAAGUGAUGGCCAAUACAACUUUGUGCAAAUAUGCAGAUAUCACUUGCAUUCCUGAAACCUUCAAUACCACCAAUGUGACUAAACUGUGCCCAGGGGCCCAGUGCACUUUUGCAUUUUAUGGUGGGGAAAGCUUCUACCACCAAUACAUACUGGUCUUUCAGCUCUGUAAUGUUUUUAUAUUUUUAUGGCUGGUAAACUUUUCUAUAGCAUUGGGUCAGUGUACCCUUGCUGGUGCCUUUGCCUCUUAUUAUUGGGCCUUCAAAAAGCCUGCAGAUAUUCCAGCAUGCCCUCUCUUUUCUUCAUUUGGAAGAGCAAUAAGAUACCACACAGGAUCCCUGGCACUCGGGUCUCUAAUCCUUGCACUUGUUCAGUUCAUCCGAAUCAUUUUAGAAUAUCUGGAUCACAAACUCAAAGCUUCACAGAACUCCUUUGCCAAGUUCUUACUAUGCUGCUUGAAAUGCUGUUUCUGGUGUUUGGAAAAAUUCAUUAAGUUUAUGAACCGAAAUACAUAUAUAAUGAUUGCUAUAUAUGGCAAGAACUUCUGUACUUCAGCAAAAGAUGCUUUUUUUCUACUUAUGAGAAAUGUUAUAAGAGUUGCAGUAUUGGACAAAGUAACAGAUUUUCUAUUAUUUCUUGGGAAAGUAUUUGUGACUGGCUCUGUUGGUGUGCUUGCUUUCUUCUUCUUCACAAGAAAAAUCCCAGUGCUUACAGAUGAAGCUCCAGCUUUAAAUUACUAUUGGGUACCUCUUUUGACAGUUAUCCUCGGGUCCUACUUGAUUGCACAUGGAUUCUUCAGUGUCUAUGCAAUGUGUGUUGACACGCUUUUCCUGUGUUUUUGCGAAGAUCUGGAAAGGAAUAAUGGCUCUUCUUCGAAACCUUACUACAUGUCACCUAACCUACAUAGGAUUCUGGGGAAAAAGGAAAUAAGCUCAAAGAAGGCAAAGAGUUAAUUGAUCUUGAACACUAACAAAAAGCACUUUUUUUUAACACAAUAACUAAAAACCAUAGGAGGUUAAUGAAGGUUUGACACAAAUUUUUGAUUUUCAAUCGGAACCUGUGGAUUCAUCAAAGCAGAACGUUUUUAUAUAGUGAAUCAGCAUUUUUUUUAGUGCCUAUUAACACAAAGCUCUCAAUGUAUAAAGGAUUUUCCUAAAAAAUGCUUUUAAUAUUUUUAUAAAGCUGAUUUCUACAUAAGGGAACAGCAUUUUUUUUUAAAUAAAUGUUUUUCUUUUUCAUAAAAUACUUGAUACAAUGGUACAUUAAUAUAAUUAGCCAUAAGCGUUUUGUUUUUUGAUGAGAGCUCUGGCAAUGUGACUUUAUAUAAAUGUUUGGUGCUAGCUAAUAUUUGCACUUCACAGGACAGCCACUGAAACUGUGAUGUGAGCUUUCCAGAUUCCUCCAUGAUCCAACAACUCCACGUGGCCCCCUGUAGAAAUAAGCAGCUCUUGUCAUUUGCACAUUAUAUUUGAACCAUGGUUUAUUAUGAUGACGGUAUGAUACUGAAAAUUAUUCCCUCUGUUUACCAGAUUUAAAGGGUAGUUUUCAAAAGUUGUUUUUAAAUAGUACACCGCUAAUAAUUAUGCUUUUUAGUUACAUAUUCAAUUAUUUUCAUGUUUCACAUUUACAUGUCUCUAAGUAGCGGCUCAGUAAGGCAGGACUCUCUUUAAAUUGCUGAAAUCAGCCCAGAUCCUGCCCCCCCCCCUCUCCCACACCAUGUUUAAAACAUCACCGUCGGAGCCAGGGCCGGAACUAGGGGUAGACAGAGUAGGCACAUGCCUAGGGCGCAAAGCUGGGGGGGGGGCACCAGGCACGUACCUUCUCUGUCUCCUACCUUAUGUCCGGGCCCUCUCUCCCUGACUGUUGCUGCAUUUUUACCAUCUUUUGCUCUCCUGCACACGCGCACGCUCCGUUUUUGUGCAAGCGUGCACGAGCACGAUCCAUUUUGGCAUAUCGCAUGAGAGCGAUCCAUUGUGCGCAUGCACGCACAAUCGUUAAACAGUGCGCAUGAGUGCCAAUUUGUGAAUGUGCAUGCUUAGUUAGCGCUGGGCCAGACAGGUUGCCUAGGGCGCCUGGCUGGCCUGGCCCGGCUCUGGUUGGAGCAGGUCAAAGGGGGGGGCAGCAUCGGUAGUGGAAUGAGUGCAGUGUCGGAUGGGCUAGCGGGACACUGGUAAGAAACCCGGUGGGCCCCAGUUGUCAUGGGCUCCUGCUGGCCCAGACUUGCUCCCCUGGCUACUCCAUAAAGACCUCCACCACCACAGCAUUCACAUGUGCGCGUGGCACAUCUUUUGAGCAUGCGCACUGGCCCAGAGAGUAUUAAGAUUGGGAAGGGGCCCCCGGGACUGCCAGGAAGGCCCUUGUUUUGUAGCCCCGGUGGGCUCCCAAGGCUCCAGUCCGACCCUGAAUGAGCGCUCUUCACUAGUUGAGCCAAAUUUCUGGGUUAAAGUAGA